AUGAGCAGUGCUGUCACAAGGCAAAGGUGCGGCACCGAGAGGGGCACGACUCCGAAUGAGCUGCGGGGAAGCCGGGACAGGGCAAGGAAGUUGGGGCUGGACACCAGUGAGGGGAUCCCUGAGAUGAAGUGGAGGGCGCCGGCACCGGGGGGACCUAGGGGAGGUAACGGAGAGACCUGGAACGGGAUGAGCUGGGAGAUAAGCGGUGAGAUCCCGGGACAGCUGGGGCGGCAGGGGAGGCUCGGGGUGGGGCAGGGCGGCGGCACCGGGGGGUGCGGGCUCAGACAGGAAGAUGGGAACAGGACAAGCGGUUGGUGGUGCGGCCCCGGGAAGCGGGACAGAGAUGAGGUGCUGGCGGCCGAGGUCGUGGCGGUCCUGACCGAAGCCAUGGCGACGCUGCGAGACAUCUGGGAGGAGAUCGGAAUCCCGGAGGAGCAACGCCUGGAGCGUACCCGUGCGGCCAAAAAGCACAUCCAGGAGCUUCUGGUCGAGAUGGUGGAAGAGGAGGAGAGCCUGAAGGAGCGUCUUCUGGCGAGCAUUGAGCUGUGUCAGCAGAAGCUUCACAGUCUCUGCAAGGACCUGCAGCUGGAGCCCUUUGAGAGAGAAGAGGAAGGAACCAUUCUGGAGAGAGAGAAGAGCCUGCGGACACGUGUGGAAGUGCUGCUGAAGCAGAGGAGGGACAGGAAGGAGGAGCUAAAGAACCUGCAAGAGCAGGAGCAAGACCUGUGUGACAUCCUCUGCACCGCUCCAUUCUCCAUCGAUGCCAAGGCUGUGCCCAGCCUGGAGGAGCUGGAUCGCUAUCGGUGUCACUUGGCCUCCCUGGCUGCUGAGAAGGAGCAAAGGCAGGAAGAGUUUGUCCACAGCAGGAAGCAAAUCAUCCUCCUGAUGGAGGAGCUGGACCACACUCCAGACACCAGCUUUGAGCAGGAUGUGAUGAGCAAGGAUGAGGAAGCCUUUUGCUUGUCCACAGAAAACCUUGCUGCCCUCCAGGAGCUGCUGUGCCAGCUGGAAGCUCGGCGGGCGCUGAACGAAGCUGCGUGUGCAGAGCUGCGCUCCAGGAUCCAGACGCUCUGGGAACGGCUGCAGGUCCCCGUGGAGGAGAGAGAGUCCUCUGCAGUGCACAUGCCUGGGUGCAGAGCCAGGACCAGGGAAGCUCUGCAGUUGGAAGUGGAGCAUCUGGAGGAGCUGAAGCUGCAGAACAUGAAGGCUGUGAUUCAGGCAGCCCGGGCAGAGCUGGCUGACUACUGGGACAGAUGUUGCUACAGCCAGGAGCAGAGGGAGGCCUUCAGGCCCUACUACGAUGAGGACUACACAGAGACCCUGCUUGAGCUCCAUGACACGGAGUUGGUGAAGAUGAAGAACUAUUAUGAAGCACACAAGGAUCUGUUUGAGGCUGUCCAGAAAUGGGAGCAGAACUGGAAGCUGUUCCGGGAGCUGGAGAGGAAGGCAACUGACCCCAGCCGCUUCACCAACCGUGGGGGGAGCCUGCUGAAGGAGGAGAAGCAGCGAGCAAAGCUGCAGAAGGUGCUUUCAAAGCUCCAGGAUGAGCUGGAGAAGAAGAUCCAGGCCUGGCAGCAGGAGCACCAGGCUGUUUUCCUGGUGAAGGGGCAGCAGUUCAUGGAGCAUGUGAAGGAGCAGUGGCAGCUGUACCAGCAGGAGAAAGAGAAGGAGAAGCAGGAGAGGCAGCUGAAGAGGAGCCGUGAGACUGAGGCAGAGCUGGUGGAUGGCAGCACCUCGCUGAUGCCCAGCAAGCGCCGGGUGCUCGGCCCACACACACCUGGCCAAGUAAGGAAGCUCCGGCCAACUCGGACCCCUGGCCCCAUGACCCCGAAGACCCCCAGGCCUGGCUACAGGGAGCAGAACAAGGAGAACGUGGCCCAGCAGCACGGAACCACCCUGAGCGGUGGGUGCACCCCCACAGCCCCUGCCCAGCAUAGCCUCGGCAUUAACUCUGUUCCCAGCACCUAUUCUGCCUUUGCGCGUGAACUUUCCAGGGCAUCAACGUCGGACAGCAUCCUCAACUCCACUGCCACCACUGCCUUCUGCCACGGUGCUGCUGCCUCCAGCUGCCCCUAG